AACCACCGUUACCAACGAGAACAAUAUGAAUCCCGUUUGCCCUCGCAAACGAGUACACGCGAAAUCGGUACAGUUGAUUCAAGCAAAAGGCGCCAUGUCUAAUCCGAGUAAAUCAAGUAUGGCGGAGCGAGUCAAGGCGACAUCGUAAACAAACGACUGUUACGUCUGCGCCACUGCACUUGUCGUCUGCUCUGGUCGAAUGUUUUUAUCCGAAUACGAAGAAUUGAAGACUGAUGUGUGCGAGUUGAUAGUCGGCUAUUGUCUUGUUGCGGAAGAAACGGCAAAACUCAAAAGGGAGUGGAUUUAUCAGCAAAAGUGUGCCAUUCACUGGACAGCUGGACGCCUAAUCUCGUUCUAUCUAAUUGUGUGCAUGUGAAAUGGCGGCCCGCGGAGAGCAAGGCCUCGAGCGGGUCCGUGUGAAAUUGGAACAAUGUUUAAAGGACCGUGACUUCUACCAUGCUCAUCAAAUGUAUCGAACCUUAUACUUCAGGUUAAGUCGGCAGCUGAAAUGGUCUCAAAGUGCGGAUGUCAUGUUUGAAGGUUCAGAAAAAUUGCUUGUCAACGGAGAGCUGAACUCGGGCGCUGACCUUGCAUCGCUUUUUGUUGAGGUUCUAAAUAAAGGUAAAAUUCCCGCGAGCGCAGAUGUCAUCCAGAGACUUGCUAAACUACAUUCCAUGAUGAAAGCACAUAGCCCGGAAAGAAUGGCCUUUACUGUAAAGUGCAUCGAGUACUCGUCAGCUUGGGCGCCAACUGAAGCCGGUACGGUGCUCGAGACCAUGCGGGGCAACGACCGGGUAUCAUCAAACAGAAAUACAGAAUCUUUGAGUGUUAUGAAUGCAGCUUCGCCUUCAGUAUCGGCAACUCCGCGAAAAGGCUGCUCAUUUGGCCAUCCAGACCUACAUCGCCUCCUCGCAAUUAACUUUUGGCAGGAAAAAAAUUUUUCCGAUGCUCGAUAUCAUUUUAUACAUUCGACAGAUGGGACAAAUUUCGCGCGAAUGCUGGUGGAGUUCCAUACAAGCCGAGGAUAUCGCUCUGAAGUGGAUCUCUUCAUUGCCCAAGCCGUUCUUCAGUUUUUGUGUUUAAAGAAUCAGCAAACAGCCACCGUUGCAUUCCUUGUGUACACGCGUGGCCACCCGGCUGUUCAAGGCGCGCCUCCAUUUGCGUUACCACUACUUAACUUCCUCUGGUUUUUACUUCUCGCCGUCGAAAGCCGAGCUAAGCUGGCUAUAUUUACGCUAUUAUGUGACAAGUAUCGAAGUUCGCUCGAUAGAGAUCCAACUUAUCGGCUGUAUUUAGAAAAGAUCGGUCAGAUAUUCUUCGGAAAACAGCCCUCGCACGGACGAGAAACUAGUGGAAUGUUUGGUGGGGGAUUUUUGGGUAAUAUGAUUAACCAGUUAAUGGCUGGCCUAGGCGAUGAUAUGGACGAAGACGAGGAACUGAGUAUCUCUACUGAGGACGUUGACUAGAUUGGAAAGAUAUAGGAAUUUUUUAAGCGGGCAUCGCCAACAUUCAUUGUUCCUUGUUACGACGACUAAUUGUACUCAGAAUUCAUGACGAGGAGCUUUGAUAAUGAAGCCAUUACCAACGGGUCUACGGAGAUGAAAAAUAAGAUUACUAGAAAAGAUAAGAUAUAUCAUACAUGAUAAUGGCUUUCCUCCAACUUGACUUCAGAAAACAAUAGCAAAAAUGUCGUGGUAGCACGAAAUUAAGUACUAUUUAGCCCGUGGGACCCUAUAAUGACAGAGGAAAAGGACACCUUUUAUUGAAGCGCAUAUAAAUAAACAAGAAGCACUAGACAAAUUGGUUUCCCAUUAGUGAUAACUAACUAGUUAACCUAUAGCAGAACAAUUAAUUGUUGUUAAUUACAACGUUCUUCUCUAUUUAAUCAGAUUUCUAUAUUGUUUAUAUAAAUACUGCUGAGUCAGGCUGCGGGGUAUAAUAUACAUGUCUGUUAGAAGGCGACUGGGCCAUUGACAGACUUACCGACAACAAGCUUCUAAAAAUGGAAUUUGUUCUGCCAUAUUAAAAUUGUAACCUUGCGAUUUUUUCUACAGCAUUCUCCAUUCCUCUUUGAUAACCGUCUGUCUAGUAGACUGGGUGUCGGAUCAUGGAUUCUACUUUACUUGGCUGGCAUUAAAGGACGAGCCAAGCGUCCGAGCGUCCACAACAACGGCGGAUUAAUAUGUUAUUACUUUUCGCUAAAAAAAUUAUGAUAAUGUCAGUAUCAUUGGACUACGGUUGGCUGGGGCAAAAUUGUAAAAAAUAAUAAGGGAUUCUUGUAAAAGAACAGAGUUUUCGUCGAAAGUCAACGUGAUAAACAUUAACGCAAGUGAGCGAAACAUAAUAACGUCUUCACCUGUAUUAACAAAUCUCUAUAGUAAUGGAUUGAGCUUGACUCAGAUUGAAACAAAUCCGCAGCUGUCGUAUACCAGCGCAAGUAUUUUAAUUAAUCGACUUACGUAUGUUCUUCUAAGUAUUCAAUAUGCGAUUCUAUUAUCGCUUAAACGUAGUAUACGGGUCACUUCCGUAAUUAUCUAUUUCACUGUGUGCACUGUCAUUUAAUGAAUGACUACAAAGCUUUUUUGUUGUUAGAUUUACGUCAGUUUUUUCAGAAACAUAGCAGCCGCCUAUAAUUAAUUCAUUACCUUUCUUCCAGACUUCAAUUUUAUGGAGCCCACAUGACGUGGUACAAGCUAUUCUUCGUUCCCUACAAUCUUUUAUUGUUUAGUUGGCGAAGUGAUAAUAGCGCGAAAGAUGCUAGGUCUAAACGAUACAAUUAGUUGAUGAGCGAAUCGCAUGUCAAAUGCGCGAGAAAUCAACGGGAUCACUAAAAUGGAGAGGAGGCAAUAUUCCUACACUAAGUUGCUAUUGUUGUUGUUACUUGUGCGGACCUGGUUGAUACUUCUGUACGAUAGGAUUCACAUUCAUGCGAUAUAAACGACAAAACAGCGCAUAAGCACUGAGGGUAAACAAAAGAAAGAAUAAUUUAUAUAAAAUACCGUGAUAACGCCGAUUAACAGUGAUUAAAAUAUUCUUAUUAAUUCAGAGAUAAAUCGUGGGGUAAAAAACUACUUUAGGGUUUAGCUUGACAAUACGGUAAACGCCUUUUGGUAUCAUCUAUUAGCUUUUGAAUCACUAUGGGUUACAGCACUCGAGUAUAAAUGACGCAUAAUUUCUUGAUAACUGUACGAGGACGGCAUGGAAACAUUUGAAAUAAGCCAAAACUUCAUUAUUGCAAACUAAUCUAUUCCAACUUUAUUUGUUGGCAUCAUUUAUGUUGAUGACCUACGGCGCUGGAUGCAUAGAUGGACUUCGAUUAUUUGAGAACUGUAAUUUACAGAAUUUUGGUUUUCACAUGUACAUUUGGGUUAACAUAUAUAUCGUUUGAUUUUUUUGCAAGUGCACAAGAGAAGCUUUCGACAGAGGAAGUUCUUUAUUAAAGCGUAUGACUAUGCUUGUCACUGUUGUAUCUCA